AUGGGCGUCUCGGACGGCUCGGGCAUCUCGGGCGGUUGCGGCAGUGGCAAGCACUGCGGAUGGCAGGCUGGUGCGGGCGGCCAAGAGGCAGGAGUAGCUACAGCAGCAGAUGGCACUAGCAGCGCGGGUGGCGCAGGUGGCACAAUUGUGCGCGAUGCGAGCAGCGUGUGCAGCGAGGGCGGUGCUGGCACGGUUGCACGCUGUGUCGACCUCGCGGUCUGUGCUAGCGGCGGCACAGGUGUGGGCUCUUGCAACACGUACAGCAGGGGCGCGACAGGCGGCAGGGGCGCAACAAGCUCUAGAGGCACAACGGGUGGCAGGAAGGGUGACGUGCGGCUAGCGGCAAGGGACACGACGGGGAGCCUAGGCCGGGUGCGACUAGCGGUGGCGCAUGAGCGUGCUACUGGCGCCUGUUGGGGCCUAGGGAGGGGCGCAACGGGCCUAGGGUGGGGCAAGACGGGCCGAGGGUGGGGCGUGACGGGUCUAAGGUGGGGCGCGAUGGCCCUAAGUAGGGCGAUCGAUGAGGGCGCUGAAGGGGCGCUGCAGGGGCCGUUGACGGGGCACUCUCCGGGCGCUCUAGUGAACACGAGGGGCGGUGGGCUAGGGGCGGGCUAG